AUGCCAACCACCAGAGCCACCACCAAAUCUACUUCAGUUGCCACCUCUACAGCCAGGAAGAGGCAGGGAUCUGCUGCUGAUCAGACCCCCAAGAAGAGAUUAAGAUCCAACUCAAAGAAGAAGGCAUCCAAGGCUGAUCUGGAGCCCAGACAUGGGGGGAAGAAGGGGAAGGAUGUUGUCCUGAACAAGGGAAAAAAUGAAUUACCCAAAUUUCCUUUUUUGGAUAUGUACCCUGAAUCUGACAACAGCCAAUUGGAAAUGAAUCAGUGGGGCAUGACUAAGACCUCCCCAAAACCCAUUGAGAAGACCAUGAAAGAGAAGGUGCAGGGCAGAGGAGAGGUCUGCAGGGCUUUAUAUGAGCGGAUGCUCAGUUGGUCACCUCUUGCACCCAACCCCAAUUCGGUGAUCAUCAUCGUUAUCACUUCCAGCAUGCCUUCACUGUCUGGUGUUUCUCUUACAUCGACUGAUCCCAUGUUGACCCAUGCAGCACCUGCAGAUGUCCCAUUAUCGCGACUGGUAACAACCGAGUACCUGUAUGGAUCAGCAGCACAGUCUUCAUCUUGUGCAGAACAGCCUCCAUCUCCAGUCCUAUCUGAUUCUGAUGUGGAGGGCACCCUUCAGAGGGUUGAAACCACCCUUCUUGGCCUCCAGUGUGCCUCCAUAACUCAGCAAGAAAAAACACAGAUUGGGAUUCUCAAUCUUCUGAAGAACUGCAUUCACAGUCUUGACACAGCAGCAUUUGUGUGCCUUUCUUUGCUCUGUCCUCCCAUCCUUUCACCUCUCCCUUCCAGGUCCCUCGCACCCCAAGCUGCGCUCUUCAAUUCAUCCACUUUGCUUUAUGGUCUCUCCGCCCUAACAACUGCACUCCCCGCUGCUCUCAGAGCUUCUUGA